AUGUCGAGUUCGAGAGAUCAGCAACCUCCACAUGGUGCCCAGACCCAUCGUGGCCCCCAAGUGUCCCCGAGGAAUGCUUUGGACACCGCGGCUAACAUUAACGCGCGGUUAACUGCUCGCUUUGUGCAUGGCGACGAGACCCAGUCGCCCCCGCCGCAGCUAAUUCCGAAUAGCCCCUCAAAAACGACUACGGUUCGUCAUCCCACUACAUCUGAGCAGCAAGUCCAGCAUAGUGGCCCUCUCACAAGGAGCAGCAAUAGACACCCUCAAGGAGCUUCCUCGUCUCGUCCGGAGCCAAGAGUUUCCACGGAUACCGACGAGCCAGUGGUCCCUCAGCAACCUCAGACUGAUAGAGGUGUUCCACCAUGCUUUAAGGCUCCGAAGCUCGCACUCUUCAGUGGCGAGAAAGCGCCCGAUUCGAUGUCGCUCGAUGAGUGGCAGGCGCGAUGGUGCUCGAUUGCUCGUUCAAAGAACUGGACCCCACAGGAGAGGAGAUCUAACUUGAUUAACAGCCUGACGGGAAAGGCUUAUAGACUCCUUUCUAAGCAAAGCUUCGCCCCAUCUCUAACUGAUGAGGCAGUCGAACGAGAGAUUUGGCUACGUCUCCAUAGGUCUUUCGGCCAAGGAGAGAAGCAAAGCUUCAAGAAGCUGAUUGCCAUGCAUUGGCCAAGAUACCAACCCAGCGCGGUAGUUGCCGCCCCAGGAAAGGGCAAUUUUAAAGGCUGGAGAUCUUCUAAAGGCUGGAAUCAGAGGUGGUCCUUUGGCAAGGGGAACCAACCUCAAAAAGGAAAAGGCCAGUCCAAGGGACAUGGCAGAGGAAAAGGAUCUCCUGUGGUGGUUAUGGCUAUAGAGCCAAUGUGUGUCCUUCGAGGCAACCACAGGAGAGCCACCCAGGAGAUAGGCAA